AUGCCCAGUGAGUGCACACGUAGGCUGCAACAGGAGAAGGCAGAAAUGCUGUCUCCAGUCACCUAUCUAUGUGUCAGUUCUAUUUUCAGUAGCCAACAUUUACUGCCCCGAGUACUUCCUUCCUUCUUUUCUUUCUUUCUUUUUUUUCUUUCUUUCUUCCUUUCUUUCUUUCUUUCUUUUGAUUCAAUCAUAUUAUCAAGACUUCAUAUUGUUCUUUCUGUCUUUCUUUCUUUCCUUCUUCCUUUCUUUCUUUCUUUCUUUCUUUUGAUUCCAUCACAUUAUCAAGACUUCAUAUUUUUCUUUCUUUCUUUCUGUCUUUCUUUCUUUCUUUCUUUUGAUUUCAUUACAUUAUUAAAACUUCAUGUUCUUUCUUUCUUUCUUUCUUUCUUUCUUUCUUUCUUUUCUUUCUUUCUUUCUUUUGAUUCCAUCACAUUAUCAAGACUUCAUAUUGUUCUUUCUUUCUUUUUUCUUUCUUUCUUUCUUUCUUUCUUUCUUUCUUUCUUUCUUUCUUUUGAUUUCAUUACAUUAUUAAAACUUCAUACUUCAUGUUCUUUCUUUCUUUCUUUCUUUCUUUCUUUCUUUCUUUCUUUCUUUCUUUUGAUUCCAUCACAUUAUCAAGACUUCAUAUUGUUCUUACUUUCUUUUUUCUUUCUUUCUUUCUUUCUUUCUUUCUUUCUUUUGAUUUCACUUAUAUUUUUCUUUCUUUUUUCUUUUUUUUCUUUCUUUCUUUCUUUCUUUCUUUCUUUUGAUUCCAUCACAUUAUCAAGACUUCAUAUUUUUCUUUCUUUCUUUCUUUCUUUCUUUCUUUCUUUCUUUCUUUCUUUCUUUUGA